GCUGCAUUUUUAAUUAGCUGUGUCUUAUUAUUUAGAUGCCAAUUAAGCUGUCACGAACAUUUCCUGGUCUCCAGCCACCCUGAAACCCUUCAAUUCGAAUGUAUGCCAACAAAAUGCAUGGCAACUGUCAAAAAAAAUGAUGCCUUUGAAACUGCUUUGAGCUUAUAGGACCCCCGGUUUUAAACCUGGACGCGCGUUUAAGUGGAUUUGCUUCUAUACCCUGCUGUUGUACACAGAGUCGGAUGCGUUGAAUCGCUGUGUGAAGUGCAGAGCAUCAGCGUCAGUGGACUUCUUCCUCCUCCUCAGUCUCCGGAUCCGGACACAAUGGAUCUGACAGCGGUCGCGCUGCUCGUGUCGCUCAUCUCCGUGUCUCUGUCCGCGGAUAACGCGGGCGGCAAAGUGCGGAGCUGCGCGGACGUGCGCCAGUUCUACAGCGGCAAGGGUUUCACGUUAAACGGCGUCCCGCAGUCCGAGAUAUCAGGCGAGCAUCUCCGCAUCUGCCCACAAGGUUACACCUGCUGCACCAGUGCCAUGGAGGAAACGCUGUCGAACCUGAGCCGCCGGGAAUUUGAAGGACUGGUUAGGGAAGCGGGACGUUCCAUUCAAGCCUCACUAAAUGCCCAGUACAGGACCUUCGACACAUAUUUCCUGGAACUCCUAAAUGGCUCUGAGCGAUGGUUGGAGGAGGCCUUUGUGGCCGCUUUGGGGGAUCUGUACCGGCCCAAUGCGGGAGUGUUUCGUGACCUUUAUGCCGACCUGCGUCGAUAUUACAGCGGUGCCUCCCUGAACCUCGAGGAGGUCUUGGACGAGUUCUGGAUGAGGCUCCUGGAGCGUCUUUUAAAGGCGUCUGACCCCGAGACCGCCUCCCUGCUCUCCGACGACUUCCUGGAGUGUGCCUCCAAGCAGACUGAAACCCUGCGUCCUUUUGGAGACGCCCCACGGGAACUGAAGACCAAGCUGGUGCGGGCUUUCAUCGCUGCUCGGGCAUUCAUCCAGGGCCUUAAUGUGGCUGGAGAGAUUGUACGGAAAGUUUCUCAGGUUCCUUUGAGCCUGGAGUGUAAUCGUGCCAUUAUGAAACUGGUGUACUGCCCUCAUUGCCGAGGUCUGGGAUCAGUCAAACCUUGCAUCAAUUACUGCAAGAAUGUCAUGAAAGGCUGCCUGGCUAAUCAGGCCGACUUGGACACUGAGUGGCAGAGCCUUAUAGAAACCAUGCUACAGGUGGCCUCCAGUUUUGGUGCGGAGCCCAGUAUGGACACGGUGAUCUAUUCAAUUCCUGUGAGAAUCUCAGACGCUGUUCUCACCAUGCAGGAGAACAUGGAGAUCUAUACCAGCAAGGUUUUCAAGGCCUGUGGGGACCGCGGUGAGGAAGGAACGCCAAGUUCAAUAUCUGAGGAGCCGAAAAAGAAAGCAAGUACAGUUACUGCCCUGGAAUACAAGCCCAGCCCCAAAUCUGCAGCCAGACUGGAGGUGCAGGUCACAGAUGUGUCCAGUAAACUGAAAGAAAUGCAAUUUUACUGGAUCCAACUCCCCUCGGCUCUGUGCAGUGGUAAAACGGCAUCUUCAACUAAUGCUGAUAAAUGCUGGAAUGGCAUCACCAAAGCAAGUUAUCUCCCAGAGGUCAUGGGCGACGGGCUGGCCAAUCAGAUUAAUAACCCAGAGGUGGAGAUCGACAUCACCAAGCCUGACAGGACUAUACGUCAACAGAUCAUGCUGCUGAAGAUCAUGUCAAACCGCCUGAAAAACGCCCUCGAUGGCAAUGAUGUAGAUUUCCAAGAUACAAGUGAUGAUUUCAGUGGCUCAGGAAGUGGCAGGUGUGAAGACCACCUGUGCGUCCGAGGUAGAUCACCGGUUUUUGGUCCGAAAGCAGACAGGCCCAAACUCUCUCCCUAUGGCCCUGAAAACAAAAGAGUCAAAGGAUCCGGAAACCAGAUUCAGCCUUCCGUCAUCUUACUGGCUCUGUUACUCGCAACUCUACUGCUGAGACGAUAAUGGAGACGCUAAAUCAAACUUUGGGAUCCGGGUCAGGAAAUUUGGCAUAGGACAAGGAAUGUUUCAAAAGAAAAAGAAUAGAGAAAAAUGAGAAAAGGUGAGCUUAAAUGUUGCCAAAAGAAAAAAAGAAAAAAGAAACCUUUUGAGUGAAUGGACAUUUUAAUUCCUCUGACAUACGACAUGAGAAUAAGGUGGAAAAGGAAUUUUGUUUUCAGUGUAUUUUUAUGUUUUGUAAUAUACGUCAGAUUAAACACUGACCUGUUACAUCAAUUGACUUCAUGCUUUUUUAUCUUUGAAUGUAAAAAGUUGAACUGGACAGGAAGAAUUCUGGUUUAGAUUUACAAUACGAGGUUCUCAGCCACCUAAGAGACUUACCCACAGUUAUUUGCUCUUAAAGUCACAUGAUCACCAAGUCACCUCAUGUUUCAUUUUACCACACUUACUCAAGUUUGUCUUUGCACAACUGUUCUUUUUGUCUUAAAUAUUUCACAGAUUGACAUAAUUACAAAACGUUGCAUCAGUCUGAUCCCUUUUAGAUUACAAAAUGUAUGAACUAUGGCAUGGACAUGAACUGAAAUACGAAAUUGCUGAAUAUCUGAUGAAUUAUGUAAUGGUGUUUUUUGUUAUUGUUUGUUUUUUUUAACUCUGAUUCAAUGGUUUAGUCUGCAAUUAUUUUGUAUGAUAGCAAGCUGCAAUAAUGUAUGAAUUUCACAAAAAAAGAUUAGCAACUGUCUAUUUGUUUUCACACUAACAUCAAAAGAAAAAAGCAAUUAUUUUGCAUAAAAGAAAAUACUGUUUUUUAUAUAUAUAUAUAUAUAUAAUUUUAUUUUUUUGCAUUAUUCAUAAUUAUUUUCUUAAUUUUAUUUUCAUACUAAUUUAGAAUUUACUUGUAAAAUUUUUCAUUAACAACAUCUAACCGUUCCUAAAAUAAGCAAUUACAAUUAUUAUAAGUAUUAACAAUUUUAUUAGAUUUAAGGGUUACAUUUCAUGAAUUUAAUUUAGAUUUUAGGUAGAAGCAUCAUGAGGCAAAUGUUUUUUAAUAAAAAAGUUGUGUAAUAAUUGACAUAAUUUAGCACAUUUUACACCAAAAACUUGACACAUUAGAAUGAAAAAAUAAAAAAUUAUUAAGCCCCCCAAAAUGGGCUUCAUUUUUAAUGCAAAAAUAUUUUUCUCUGAUGUUAGUGUGAAAACUUACCAGUACAUGAGGUUCUCUUUUUUUUAAAAAUGUAAACAUAAAAUAAUAAACGUCCAAGGAACAUGAAUGCACAAAAUAUUUGCUUCCCUCACCCGAUGCAAACCCUUAACUUGCAUUUGGAAACUCGUGGCUAUGUUGCAGUGCAAAUUCAUAUUCACAAUGUUAAAUAAAUACGGUUCUGGAAUACUUUCAGCGCCAAUGGCAAAUUAAAUAGAAGCAUGUGUCAGCCUUGAAUGAUAUGAUUUGCCUUGAAUGGAAUUUCAUUAUAGCCAAAGCCAAUGGGAAGCAGUCAUUUACAGAAUAAUGUACUUUAAAAAUAAAGCCUGUCACUUUUAAUUAAAGCUCGUAAGGCAUAACGACAAUUUUACGAUUUUGAUUCCAGAGCAAUGUUAAUAAUUACAUUUGUGGCAGUGAUGUUUUAAAACACUUCCAAGGAGCUGAUUCAGAUUUACGAGCGUAAUGUUACCAUAUUCCUGAACUUUUGAUCAGACGGAAAAAAAACAACAAAAAACAUUCCUACAAAAUGUCUUGCACAAUAUCAACAUCUAGUCCCUAAAUGUUGCAUUUAAAUGUGUCAAAUGAUCUUCAUGUUUCUGAUAUUCUUUUUUCGAUGCACAACUAGAGCUGAAUCCACAAGGACCUGGUUUUGUCCGAUGCGAAAUGUAAAAAGUUGUGGAAUGUAAACGCAGUUGAGAAUGUACAUGAUGUGGUGUACGAUUUCUGUCACAGGAAGGUUCUUUUUUGUACUCUGUUGUCCAGUAUAACUGAAAAGCACAUUGUAUACUCUCAGUCGAUGGCAUGACUCAAUGAAUGGACAUUGAGAAGGGCUCAAACACAAGCGUAACAUGUUUCAUGAGACAGUGACAGACUGAGCGCCCGCUCAUUCGAGAGAGCCAGAGAUGUGUGUGUUACGGAACAUUUGAGUUCGUUCAGUUUCAGCACUAGCAUUUUCUUUGAGGUAUGAAUUUGUACAUUUGGUCUGUUUUACGUAAUAAACAUGCACAGUUGUUCAAAACGAAA